AUGGGAGUCCCAGUGCUGCCUGUGCGGCAGCAGCCCCAGAGCUCAGGUCCGCUCCGCUCUGCCCUUGGAGGUGCGGGAGCCAGAGGCUUGUCAGUGUCUUGGGUACCUGUGCCCAGCCACUUGGGACCUGUGGGCCGGACCCUGCGCCAGCCACACGGCCUCCAGUCUUGCAGGGCCCCGCGUUACCGGGUCACAGGGGGUGCCUUUGCCAUCUUGCAGUCGACUGCGGUCAGAACUCACGCCGGGGACUGUUGGUGUGCGUGUGCCAAGAUCCCGAGAGGAGACUGGAAAGGGAUUGCAGUCAGGUUCCAGGCUCCUGGCCCAGGGUGCUUCGCAUGUGGGAUGGAGAACGGAUUCCGCGUCUACAACACCGACCCGCUGAAGGAGAAGGAGAAACAGGAGUUUCUGGAAGGAGGAGUAGGCCACGUUGAGAUGCUGUUCCGCUGCAACUACUUGGCUCUGGUUGGUGGGGGCAAGAAGCCGAAGUACCCCCCCAACAAAGUGAUGAUCUGGGAUGACCUGAAAAAGAAGACCGUCAUCGAGAUCGAGUUCUCCACGGAGGUCAAGGCGGUCAAGCUGCGGCGUGAUCGGAUCGUGGUGGUUCUGGACUCCAUGAUCAAGGUGUUUACGUUCACACACAAUCCACACCAGCUGCAUGUCUUCGAGACCUGCUACAACCCCAAAGGCCUCUGCGUCCUGUGCCCCAAUAGCAACAACUCCCUCCUGGCCUUUCCGGGCACGCACACAGGCCACGUGCAGCUCGUGGACCUGGCCAGCACCGAGAAGCCGCCCGUGGACAUCCCGGCACAUGAGGGUGUCCUGAGCUGCAUCGCUCUCAACCUGCAGGGAACAAGAAUCGCAACCGCGUCUGAGAAAGGGACUCUUAUAAGAAUAUUUGAGACCUCGUCAGGGCAUUUAAUCCAGGAGCUGCGGAGAGGCUCCCAGGCAGCCAACAUUUACUGCAUCAACUUCAAUCAGGAUGCCUCCCUCAUCUGCGUGUCCAGUGACCAUGGGACCGUGCAUGUGUUUGCAGCCGAAGAUCCCAAAAGGAAUAAACAGUCCAGCUUGGCGUCGGCCAGUUUCCUUCCCAAGUACUUCAGCUCCAAGUGGAGUUUUUCCAAGUUCCAGGUCCCCUCCGGCUCUCCGUGCAUCUGUGCCUUCGGAACCGAGCCGAACGCCGUCAUCGCGAUCUGUGCGGACGGCAGCUACUACAAGUUCCUCUUCAGCCCCAAGGGGGAGUGCAUCCGGGACGUGUAUGCGCAGUUCCUGGAGGUGACCGACGACGCGCUGUGAGUCCCGCCGGCGACGCAGCCCAUGCCCACGCCCCUUGGACUCCUGGGCCGCCAGCUUCUGCGGCCUCGUGGGUGAUGGGCCGGAGGGACCACGGGGACCUUGGUCUCACAGCCCUAGGUGGCCGUCCGCUUUCCUAAGAAAGGCCUCCCGCCCCUGCUGUUGGAGGAAGGGCACCGCCGGGCGGCUCAUGGCCACUGUGACUCCUUCCACGCCACGCGAUGUCCUCCACAGACGGGCUCCGCUCCCCAGGGUGGGCUGGGGGGGCCACAGCUGGGAGUGUUCUGCAGCAGGGCUCAUCCGUCAUUGUCGCUGAGCCUGGACAGGUGAGCAGGCGCGACUUCUUAACGAGGAGGGGGGCGUGCCUGAGCCGAGCGCCAGCCGGCUGUCCUGGAGGGAGGGGCAUCUCUCCCCGAGCGGGACAGCGUCCUGUUACUGGGACACAGUGCGGUCUCGGCCUGGGUGAGCCCAGUCUCGCCUUCUCCACGCCUGUCCACGUGGAGCCACUGGACCACCCUAAGCAGACGGCUUUGCCCCACUGGCCACGGCGGGGCAGGUUGGAGCGCGUUUCCCGCUACGUGUGGGGACGGAGUACUGCACAGACGGGGAAUUAGUCAGGUGGGAAAGCAGCUCGCCCUCAGGGAGGGUGCCCGCAGUGUGGUGGCCGGCACCCCUCAGCACGGCUGCCCGCCCCGCGCCGCCCGUCUCUCCAGUGCUUAGGGGAACAGCUACACACUAACGUUUUGGGGUGAAAGAGCGCUUUUUCCUCACUUCUGGUUAGGAGAGCUGGUCACGCACUCACGUCGUCAGUGCUGCUGGGACACGCGCUUCCUUUUCCUAACUCCCUGCUAAGGACGCUGGUUUUACGGUUUUCAUUCCUGGUUGCAAAUGUCGGAAACCUGCCCGGCAGCGAGUCCUCAGCGCUGCUGUUCCUUUACGUCACGUGAUCGGUUCGCUUUGUCCCGCUCUAUGUGAAGUACGCAUGUUACUUUUACGUGUAUUUAAUCAUGAAGUUUAAUUUUGCACAUUUAUUUGUAAUGUUUCUUUUAAAUAAAAGUGACUAAUUUUGUCGUA